AUGAGGAAUGUGAACAGCGAGCUCAUCACUCUCCAUAACACUCGCCGUGGCCUAACAUCGGACGAACACCGCAGCAACAUCACCACCGUCCAGCGAAGUUUGGGCCUGCCCGUGGGUGUUCUCAAGGGAGGCUGGACCAAAGAAGCGGAGCAUCGCUUGCUCGAGCUCUUGAGAAAAGCCAAGCGCGUUCGGAACAAAGUCCCGGCCCUCAUGGACGCAGCGCAGGUCGAAGUCGCUCCAGAAGCAGCACAUCAGGCCUUGGAGGACGACCCCAUCGAGGACUGCAAUGCCCCCGAGGAGGACAAGAGCGAGCAGCAGAUGAAAGUGGACAAGCAGAACGUGCCUGAGUCAUCCUCAUACUCAUCCUCGGACUCAGAGAGCUCGUCGGAAAAGGUUUCUCUGUCGGACUACGAGCGUGUCCAGGAGGCUCUGGAUGAAGCGGUGGCUGAGAACAAUUCGUACCGGGAGGACAUCUACUACAAGGACAUCAUCAUCAAUGAUUUGGAAGAAGAGCUGCGGGUGACCAAGCGCAAACUCGCAGAGUACGCGUCGUCGUCGGAGGAGGACACCGACUAG